UAUUCAGUGAAGAUUGUUGCAAAAGCAUAGCACAGCAAAUGACAUGCUUUAUUCCUGCCUGUGAGGACUAAGAAAGGUUCACUGCAGCUCCCCCCCUUCUGUUUGUUAUACAGCACUUCUCAUUCUGAUGGUGGUUCAGUUCCUGAUGGAGGAGCAAAACGUUAUCACAGAGGUCCCAGCAGCCCUAAAGCGUCUGGCCAAGUAUGUAGUGCGUGGUUUCUAUGGUGUAGAGUACGCCCUGGCCCUCGAUAUACUGAUCCACUACUCCUGUGUGAAAGAGGAUGACUUGUUACAGCUGCUCAAGUAUGAACGUAAACAGCUGCGUACUGUCCUCAACAUGCUCAAGGCAGACAAGCUGGUGAAAAUGCGUAUGAGAGUUGAAACGGGGCCUAGUGGGAAGAGCACAAGGCACAAUUACUAUUACAUCAAUUACAAGGUGCUGGUGGAUGUGGUAAAAUACAAACUAGAUCAUGUGCGCCGGAAAAUAGAAGCGGAUGAGCAGAAUUCAACUACCAGGUCCUCUUUUAUAUGUCCGUCUUGCUCUAGCACUUACACAGACCUUGAAGUCAAUCAGCUCUUUGAUGCAUUUACAGAGACUUUCCACUGCACUUACUGCAACACUGAAGUAGAGGAAGAUGCCUCAGCGUUUCCAAAGCAUGAUGCUCAAACCUUGUUAGCGAAGUUCAAUGAGCAGAUGGAACCUGUCUUUGUCCUGCUGCGUGAGACUGAAGAUAUUGUUCUGCCAUAUGACUUGCUGGAGCCUCAGCCAACAGAAAUACCAGAAUUAUCAGAAAGCUUUGAUCAGAAGAUGGGCUCAAGUGCGCUGGAAUCCUGCAGCUGCCCUGAAAAAUGGGCAUACAGAAGUUCCUCUUUCAGCAUUACGUACACCCAAAAUGUAGAUAUUGAUGUCCAAGACUCAAAGCGCAAAAAGAAAAGAGAAAAAACAACUACAGAGCAACCUAUCUGGUUGUCACAGAGCACUGUGGAAGGAGCAACAAUAGCCACCAACAGUGGAGUAAAUGCUUCUAAAGAAAUUGAAGAAACUGUUAAAGAAACUGUCAACGAAACUGUCAACAACAAUGAAAUCCUCAAGACUCUUCUGAUCCAUGAAUUGAAGUCAUCAUCUAGCACACAUCAGGCUCCUGUUGUCCAAAGCAAGCUACAUGAAUCAGGCAGUGAUAGUAGCGAGUUUGAAGAGGAUGCCAAAUGCUCAAGAGGAGCAGGAAUGAAAGCAGCAGGCAGCAACUCUGAACAAGAGGAACAGGAAACUCUAUGUCCUAUUUUAAUGGUAGCUGGACAACCACGUGCAUAUGGUGAAGUCAGUGAAAAUCCAGAGCUCGUCUCUCUUAUGACAAAAGAAGAGAGAGAAGCUUAUAUAAAAGUAGGACAAGAAAUGUUUCGGUCUGUCUUUGAGUAAAUGCUACUGUGUGAAUAUGCACAGGUGUAUAGAAUGGGUGAAGGCUUCUAACUCAUGCUCUUUAAAGUUUACCACUGAAGGGUUAAGUUUUGUUUCAACUCUUGGCUAUGCAAGAUAGUAACAUUGCAGCCACAGCAACCCAAAAUGGCUAUGUGUUUUCUGUUGUCUUAAUGCUUAGACUUUGUAAGUGAUGUAAUUAGUUUUGGAGCAUGAAUCAUUUUAGGACACGUUGGGAUCUGAUUAAAAUAACAUUUCAAAAGCAGUGAUGC